AUGGCGAAGAAGCGCAACCGAAUUACGAACCCAGAGCCUUUCCUUGAUGACGGCGAUUCCAAGUCCACCGCCUCCGCCAAGAAACGCCCAAAGCCUCCCAAACUCCACCAGCAACAAGAGCAGGUUAUAUCGCCGGGAAUCAGCGGCAAGAUUUUGAAGCAGGCUAAACUUCAGCAGAAGGAGAUUGAGGAAGAAGAGACCCGAGAGCAAAAUCCUAGUCUGGUGUUAUUGGAACAGCCCAUGAAGACGGGUGCUGAUACGGAAGAAGAUGAUGAAAUUGACGAUUUCACGGGAUUUGGUGAAACUGAGAGCCAGUUUGGUGAAUUGGAGGAUCAAAUGGACGAGGAUGAUGAGAAGCUACUUGCAGCGUUUCUGUCAACUGAUAGUCGUCCCCAGCGGACAUUAGCUGAUAUCAUUGUUGAGAGGAUCAAAGAAAAAGAUGCUCAAGUUUCUUCAGAAGCACGACCCAUGCCUCAAAUGGAUAAUUCAAUCAUAGAGCUAUAUAAGAGUGUUGGAAAGCUUCUUAGCAAAUAUACUUCAGGAAAGAUGCCUAAGGCUUUCAAACACAUUCCAUCUCUUCAAUUUUGGGAGGAAGUCUUGUAUCUAACUGAGCCUGAGAAGUGGUCGCCGAAUGCCAUGUACCAAGCAACAAGAAUUUUCGCUUCCAAUUUAGGUGUGAAAAAAGCAGAACGCUUUUAUAAGCUUGUUCUUUUGCCACGUGUCAGAGAAGAUAUCCGGAAAAAUAAAAGAUUGCAUUUUGCCUUGUAUCAAUCUUUGAAGAAGUCCCUGUAUAAACCUGCUGCCUUCAAUAAGGGCAUCUUGUUUCCCCUUUGUGAGUCAAGGACAUGCAAUUUGAGGGAAGCUGUUAUAAUUGGGAGUAUUCUUGAAAAGGUCUCAAUUCCUCCUCUUCAUUCUAGUGUAGCAUUAUUGAAGAUGGCAGAGAUGGAGUAUUGCGGCACAACAAGUUACUUCAUAAAGUUACUAAUUGAGAAGAAAUAUGCUCUGCCAUACCGAGUUCUUGAUGCAAUGGUUGCUCAUUUUAUGAGAUUCUUGGAAGAUUCGAGGACAAUGCCCGUCAUUUGGCAUCAAUCACUGCUUGCUUUUGUUCAGAGGUACAAAAAUGAGCUUACGAAAGAGGAUAAAGAUAACCUCCAUACACUUGUCAAAAAUCAAAGACAUUAUUUGGUUACACCUGAAAUACUGAGGGAGCUGAAUAAUAGCCGUAACCGUGGGGAGAAGGAGGAUGAUCUUAUGUCUAUCUCUACUCCAGCGUAUGUGAUAAAUAAAGCAAUUGAAGAAGAUAGAUUUGACAUACCAGACGUGCCGAUGGAAGAAGAUUAAAUUUUUGUUACAGCAUGCUUUUCAUUGCUAAGGUACAUCUUCUGGAAAACUUGUAUUUUUGAUAUUAUAGAAAUAGUAGAUAGUUCCAUUUGGUGUGCUUUAUUAUGGUAAGCUUUUAAGAGCUGGUCUCAUUGUUUUUGUAACUCACUUUGGAUCUAAACUUUACUGCAAUGCAGGUUCUUAGGGGUUUUUGAUUUUUGGUAGAAGAGACUUGCAUUUAAUAUAUCUUUUUACAGUUUGUACGAGUGUCUUCGAACUUUGCCCUCUGGUUGGAGUUCUUAUGUUACUGUGUACCGGUGUAAUUGCUUGUAGCCAUCGAUAAUAGUAUGCUAUGGAAGUGAUCAAUUUUUGUAUUCUUUGAAGGUAAGAUGCUUUAGCUUGAGGACUGGAAAGUUUGAAUCCGAAGAAGUAUAAAUUUUUAUUGAGCUUACUCGCCCUUUCAAUUCUUGAUGAUAAUCGAUUAAUCAUAUUGUAAUUAGCUGCGAAAGUUUUUUUUUGUUUUCAAUACCUUGUGAAUCUCUUUCGUUUUCGCUUCUUUUCUUUCAAUUGUUACCUUCAUUA